AUGAACCACGAUUUGACAGAGAGGCACUCACCCAAUCCCAAAGCCAAAAAUAAUGAUAAGCCCGAGCUUCCUAUCUCUAAUGGCGAAGUCCGAUACCAAAUUGAACCCCGCACUCGCAAGCUGUACCGCCUUCUGGUCGAUACAACUGCCCGGCCACAGCGGAUACCAUAUCUUCCUGAUCGGCGCACACUGAAAGAUCUCGGUGAAGACGCCGGCACCAUAGAGGGCGACAUUUGCCCAGAGGAUGAGGUGGAAAGCGAUGAAAGUGCCGCGGACUGGUUGGAAAAUCCGCAAGUACAAGAGCAAGAUGGAGAUCUUGAUGGUGCACAUGAUGGGCCCGUAGAUUACUUCGUUGAUAUAUGUGAGACGGAGGUAGGUGGUGUAGCUGUCGCCUGUGAUAUCCCAGCGGUGUUUACCGUUGCCGUGAUGGUCGAGAGCGAUGAUGACGCUGACGAGGCCGAGGAAUCCGAAGUAGCCGGCUAG